GGGGCGGCGCUUCCGCCUGCGCGUGGUCGCGCGGGGCCGCUCGCCGGCGCCCGGUUCAGUGGGGAAACCGCGCCCGCAGCCGCCGGCCGCGCGGCCGGACGAGGGGGCGAUGGAGCUGGAGCCGGAGCAGCUGCUGCAGGAGGCCCGCGAGAACGUGGAGGCGGCGCAGAGCUACCGGCGGGAGCUGGGCCAGAGGCUGCAGGGGCUGCGGGAGGCGCAGAGGCAGAUCAAAGAGAGUGCAUCCCAGACCAGAGAUGUCCUCAAACAGCAUUUUAAUGACUUAAAGGGAACCCUUGGGAAGCUCCUGGAUGAGCGAUUGGUGACCCUUCUGCAAGAGGUGGACACCAUUGAACAGGAGACCAUUAAACCUCUAGAUGAUUGCCAGAAACUCAUAGAGCACGGAGUUCAUACCGCAGAGGACUUAGUCCAAGAAGGGGAGAUCGCCAUUCUGGGUGGUGUAGGAGAACAGAAUGAGAAACUGUGGAACUUUACCCAAAAGGCCUCACACAUUCAGUUGGACAGCUUACCAGAAGUGCCUUUACUGGUUGAUGUGCCUUGUUUAUCUGCUCAGUUGGAUGACUCAAUUCUGAACAUAGUGAAAGACCACAUUUUCAAGCAUGGAACGGUAGCAUCUCGCCCACCGGUACAGAUAGAAGAACUAAUAGAGAAACCUGGAGGCAUCAUUGUUCGAUGGUGUAAGGUGGAUGACGACUUUAUAGCCCAAGAUUACAGGCUCCAAUUCCGCAAAUGCACUUCAAAUCACUUUGAGGACGUGUAUGUAGGCUCUGAAACUGAGUUCAUAGUAUUGCACAUAGACCCCAACGUUGAUUAUCAGUUCAGAGUCUGCGCCCGAGGAGAUGGCCGACAGGAGUGGAGUCCUUGGAGCGUCCCCCAAAUGGGUCACUCCACGUUGGUGCCUCAUGAGUGGACAGCUGGCUUUGAGGGCUACAGCCUGAGUAGUCGAAGAAAUAUAGCCCUCCGGAAUGAUUCUGAAUCCUCAGGUGUCCUCUACUCCAGCGCUCCGACUUACUUCUGUGGGCAGACAUUGACAUUCAGAGUUGAGACUGUGGGCCAACCAGACAGAAGAGACAGUAUAGGAGUGUGUGCAGAAAAACAGAAUGGCUAUGACUCUCUGCAGCGUGACCAAGCAGUGUGCAUUAGUACAAAUGGUGCAGUUUUUGUAAAUGGAAAAGAAAUGACUAAUCAGUUGCCAGCAGUUACUUCUGGGUCCACUGUCACAUUUGACAUUGAAGCUGUGACUCUAGGAUCCACCAAUAAUAACGAAGGAGGAAACUUCAAGCUUCGAGUAACUAUUAGUUCGAAUAACAGAGAAGUGGUUUUUGAUUGGCUACUGGAUCAAUCUUGUGGUUCUCUUUAUUUUGGAUGCUCCUUUUUCUAUCCUGGAUGGAAAGUGUUGGUGUUCUAGAUUUUUGGAUGAUUGGCUUUGGUUUGCAGGGUUUUAAAUGUAGCUGUCCUCAGCUCAGUUUAGUCGAAAUUGGUUAAAAAAAUUGUUAGAUUCAUCUCUCAGUUAAGCCAUUGAAAAUGGAAAUUGUUUACUGGAUUUAUUUGGAACAUUUUAGCAAGAAAAGAUUUGACUAUUGUGGACAAAACCGUAGUGCAGUCAGUUUUACUUUUAGCGUAGUGUUAAUUGGAAUAUCAACAUCACGAUAAAAAUCAAAUUGGCUUUU